AUGAGUGGCCAAAGCGGCUAUGAUAACGGGUACGGCUACUCCGGUCCCGGCCGGUACGAUGGUAAUGAUGGGGGAUACGGUGGAAACAACAACCCUGGGGUAAAUGGAUACGGUGGACGAAGUACCGCACCACCAGGCGGAAGUGCACGAUCAGAUCGCCGCCCCGGAGGAUACGGUGGUUUCUAUGCCGACUCGCCCCAGCCGCCAGUUUUAUCACCAGAUCAAUCUCCUCCGCUAAGCCAGUCGCCCGAGCGACGGCGCGAUCGAUCGAACCGGGACUGGCAGCAACCGUCUCCACAACCGCCUUCGCAUCCUUCAUCGCAAUCGUCUGCGCAUGCCUCCUCACACCCCUCCUCGCAAUCUUCUUCCCAUCCCUCUUCGCGGUCACGUACAAGAAACCAAGAACUGGACAAGAAGUACCCGGAAGAACAUGCAAAUCGGUACGCGGACAACAGGGACCAAAGGGACCCGGGAGAAUAUAGGAGCCAGAGGAAUGCUUCGCCUGUUGUCCAGAGGAGCAAUAACUCAGGGGAGUCGCAGGCCAUCGAAACUAUUCUCCAGUCUAUUCAACGUGACUGGGAUUUCAUGACCGAUGCCGAGUGUAUCCCGGUGCAAGUUGCUUUGAGUUUGAUGGAUACGAGUACAUUGGGCAAAGCGGAUCGCGAACCAGACUUUUUGCACAUGUACAAUGACAUCCAGAAGACAUUAAAGGCAAUUGUGAAUGAACAUCAUCAGGGAUUCAACAGUUCUAUUGGAACAUACCACAAAAUCCAAUCCAAUAUAUCUUCCUCGCAAACUCGAGUACGCAGCCUGAGACAUGCCUUGGAUCAGGCCAAAUCUGGGUUAAUAUCAACCAAGCCCGAGUUGAAAGGGCUAGCCACGUCUUCUCAGAACUACGAUGAUAUCGUACAGCUGUUCACUCAGAUUGAGGAAAUUCAAUCCCUUCCCGAGAAAUUGGAAUCUCAAAUUUCAGAUAAGCGUUUCCUUGCAGCUGUGGAUGUGCUUCACACUGGUCUCCGAGUUCUACGGCGUUCGGAGCUGGAGGACAUCAGUGCUUUAUCCGAUAUUCGCGCAUAUUUCAUAAACCAGGAAACAUCGCUCACAGACAUCCUGAUCGAGGAGUUGCACGACCAUUUAUAUCUUAAAUCACCGUAUUGCUCAGACCGAUGGAAGCCACCCGCAUCUGAUGAAAAAGAGGUGCAUUCAUCUAAUUGGGCCGGUAGUCGCUCUUGGGAUCGGCCUGUGUAUAGUUUCCUGGCCAAGUUCGAUCCGUUGACGCCUAUGGUUGAAGACGCUUCCCGGAAUCCGGAGGCCGACACGUUUUCCUACAUUCAGUUACUCAUCGAAGCGCUGAACAAGAUGGGCCAUCUUGACAUCGCGAUCCAUAGAAUUGAGCAGCGCCUUCCAGUCGAGCUGUUUGUUGUAGUGGAUAAGACGAACGCAGAGGUUGAUACUCGCUAUCCUGCACCAACCAAGAGCUUCUCGGCCCAAGACAACUACAAACAGUCCAGUCUUCCCACUGAGAUUAUUGAAAAACGGGGCCAUGUGCUUUCUGAGUUUUUGUGGGCACUAUAUGCCAAGUUUGAGGCAAUUGCGGAAGGCCACCGAAUUCUUCACGAUGUUGUUGCGGCCAUUGUAGAACGAGAAGGUAUAACUAAAAGCGAGACGCUUUCUGGCGGAUUCAAGGAAUUGUGGAAACUUCUACAAAGCGAGAUACGAUCUCUCAUGCACGACUAUCUUGCAACCGAUGGGGACUCUUCUGUUCGAUCUAGAGCAGAGGAGACUGACUCUCGACGUCAUCAUCUAUACACAGGCAAUCGUGAUAAGAAUAAGAAAAUGUUCAAAUUGUCCGAUAUUGAGCAAGAUUCUGAGAUGAAGGCUGAACAAGACGAACUGGAUGAAAUCCUCAAGUCUUCAGUCCCGGGACUUGUUUCCAAGUCAAGGCAAAAGACGGCAACAAAUGGUACUGCGCAAUCCAACAAGGGCAACUCAGGGACCGGGCAUAAGAUUUUGCUUGAACCAAGUGUGUUCAAUAUGGGAAUCCUUCUUCCUCCCUCUCUAUCGUUCAUCCAGCGACUCAAGGAUAUCGUUCCUGUUGAUGCAGAUAUUCCCAUGGGCACAUUGACCUCCUUUUUGGAUGACUUCAUGGUCAAUGUCUUCCUGCCCCAGUUGGAUGAAACAGUGACGGAUCUCUGCACGCUCAGCUUCAUUGCCGCAGAUGCAUUUACAGAAGACCCUCAAUGGGCCAAGUCCUCUCCUCGACCUAUCUUCAAGGGAACGAUCAAAUUCAUGUCCAUUGUCCGGGAAUUUAGCAAAAUGCUGUCAAGUAUUCCACACGAUCAAGCAUUUACGCAGCUUCUUAUUGAUCAGAUCGGGACCUAUUAUGACAAGUGCUGUGGGUGGUAUAAAUCAAUGGUCACAAAAGUCUCUGCACGGAACCGUGGAGGCGAAGUCCGACUGAAAGCUGCGGCUUCCUUUGCCGAUUCAGGCGACAUCUAUGAUGUUGUCGAUGAACUGUGGAAAGGUGCUGGGGAUAAGAAACAGACCCUGAUUGACACGGAAAUCGACCUUCUUCUUAAACGAACAGGGCAAGUACCUUUGGAGCCUUACGACAUCAUAUCUGACCCUAAAACUGUGGUUUACCUUUCGCUCUUGUACAACAGCAUGCAAUGGCUUGCAAGUCACCUCGCGAGAAUUCGGCUUGUGAUUGAACCUACCGCGGAUAACGAGUCCAAUUUGACUGCAACUGGCCGACCGUCUCGCAGAUGGACUCUGUUCGGGUCCAUGAAGCCUAAUCGCGACAGCAUCAAUAACCCGGUGCACUUGCCACUCAAUCACGAGACUGCCGUAGCCUUUGAUGGGACAAUCCAAUCAUUACACCGGCUUGCGACUACUGCAAUUAUGACGUUGCAUAUUGACAUCCGGUGUGGUAUCAUCCACAUGUUGACUAGAACAAUGGCCGGGCCGAAUCCUCCUAACUUGCGGAACUCUGAACCCGUCACUCCAUCCCCAAACACAACAGACAACUGGUGGCACAUCAUCAUGAAUCAACCAACCGCUGCAUCGCCCACAAUUCUCGCACUCAACAAUGAUCUUAUCGCAUUUGACACCAACAUUUCGACUUAUCUGGGAUCUGUAGAGCGCUGGUUCAUCACAUCGGGUCUGGCACGGUUUAUCGAUCGGGUCUUUGUCGCCUGCACCCAGUAUAUUGGGGCCAUGAAUGAGAAUGGAGCGCUGCGACUGCAGCUUGAUGUGCUUGUUCUGCAACAGAAUUUGAAGAACAUCAUCAUCAAUCCAGCUAGUGAUCCGUCGAAUUCGGCUACAGAGAUACAUGCGCAGGCUUCUCAGGAAACCGUUGCCCUACCACGCAGCGCAAAAUUCCUGGACUGGUUCCUAGAAGGUGCCGAGAAAGCCCUGGAAUACGCCAAGGAAGAGAAGGAGGCUUUUGCAUCACAAGGUGAUAAAGCCUUGGCUGCUGGAAAUGGUGAGCCAUUUACCUACGAUGAGCUACGUGUUCUCGUAGAACUAUGCUUCUCUGAAAUUCUCCGUGGUCCACGCGGGACGGAGAGUCGAGAGGACUUUAUGUCGGCGAAAAAGGCUAGUGCGGAUGCACUACUGGGACUUAAUGAAAUUAUGUGGGAUGCUCGAUAG